UGCCGCCAUCUUUACAAUGCACUGUGCACAAUGGUAGCGCUUUAAAAUGCGUAAAAAAAAAAAUCAGUAGAAAUGAGUUAUAUAACAAAUACAUCUCAUGAAACCAUUUAUGUAACCGACCGUUGCCUCUAUCCGGUAGAAUAAAUCCAAGCCUAUUAACAAGAAGACGGACUACAACUCCCAGAGUUCCGCGCCCGCCGGGCAAAAGGUGAAAAGGCUCAGUAAAGCUGGUGCAGCGAGUGAGUUGUUGGUGAGACUUUGGCGGCAAAUUAGACAUUCAGACGACUGUAGCGGCGUUAUGGGGGUGCAGUGGUAGAGCAGCCCCUGUCUUCACAGAAGGAGAAGCACAGCGAGGCAGGAUGGGUCUGAAGUCCGCCCAGAAGAAGCUGUUCCCCCUGCGAGGGAUCGAAGGGGUGGUGCGGCUGUUCGAGGCUGAGCUGCAGAGGGGAGAGCCGGACCUCGCCCUGCUGUCCCUGGUGCUGGGCUUCGUGGAGCACUUCCUGGCAGUGAACCGCGUGGUGCCCGUGAACGUGCCGGGCGUUCGCUUCGAGCCCCUGCCGGGCUGCGAUCCCGCCGGGCCGUCCUGCUUCCCCGCCGUGGAGCUGGGCCUGAUCGCGGCGCUGCACGAGCGCUUCACCUCGCAGAUCCGCGGAGCCGUGGACCUUGCCGCCUACCGGCGCCCCGCCGAGGCCUCCAGCCGGGAGCUUGUGAAGAAGGUGUCGGACGUGAUCUGGAACAGCCUGAGCCGCUCCUACCACAAGGACCGCGCGCACAUCCAGUCCCUCUUCAGCCUCAUCACAGGCACUAAGCUGGACAGCUCGGGCGUGGCCUUCGCGGUUGUGGCGGCCUGUCAGGCGCUGGGCCUGCGUGACGUGCACCUGGCCCUGUCCGAGGACCACGCCUGGGUGAUCUUCGGAAAGAACGGAGAGGAGACGGCUGAGGUGACGUGGCACGGGAAAGGGAACGAGGACCGGAGAGGACAGACAGUCAGCGCCGGGGUCACAGAGAGGAGCUGGCUGUACCUGAAGGGCUCCUAUCUCAAAUGCAGUCGCAACAUGGAGGUUGCGUUCAUGGUGUGCUCCAUUAACCCUUCCAUUGACCUGCAUACCGACAGCACAGAGCUGCUCCAGCUGCAGCAGAAGCUGCUGUGGCUGCUGUACGACCGUGGAGAUCUUGAGAAGUACCCGAUGGCUCUGGGCUCCCUCGCUGACCUGGAGGAUUUGGACCCUAUUCCUGGGAGAGCCAGCCCACUGUCCAUCCUCGAGAAGGCGAUCCACUCUGCAAAGCAGUUCUAUAACAAUGAGCACAUCUACCCCUACAUGUUCCUGGCUGGGUAUCACUACCGGCAUGGAGAGGUGCGGGACGCACUGGGAGCCUGGGCAGAGGCAGCCAUGGUCAUGCAGGACUACAAUUACUUCCGGGAAGAUGAAGAAAUCUACAAGGAGUUCUUCGACGUUGCCAAUGAUGUCAUCCCCACCCUGCUGAAAGAGACGGCGAGCACGGCUGAGAGCACAGAGGAGCGCACAGGGGCGCAGGACUCCCAGCUUCAGUCAGCAGCCCUGUCCGCUCUGCAGGACCCAGAGUGCUUUGCUCACCUGCUGCGCUUCUACGAUGGGAUCUGUAAGUGGGAGGAGGGCAGCCCCACCCCAGUGCUGCAUGUGGGCUGGGCCACUUACCUGGUGCAGUCUCUGAGCCGCUUCGAUGGACAGGUGCGCCAGAAAGUGUCAAUCAUCACCAAGGAGGCGGACCCGCAAGACGACGAUGACCAAUCGAGCGAGGACCUGCGUGAGGGGCGGAGACGAGGGCCUCGGCGCGAAUCCAAACCGGAGGAGCCUCCGCUGGCCCUGCCCAAGAAGCCGGGCUCCGAGCCGCUCCAGAGGCGCCGCUCUGUCCCGGGGCUCCGGGGCAGCGAGAGGGAAGGGGCGUCCCAGGCAGGGUCCCCCAGCCCAGCCUCUCCCCUUCCCCCUCCCCCUCCCCCUGGGCCCGUCGUCUCCUUCCACAGCGAGAAGAUGAAGGGGAUGAAGGAGCUGCUCGCUGCCGUCAAAAUCAACUCAAGCGCCAUCAAGUUGCAGCUCACUGCCCAGUCCCAGGUGCAGAUGAAGAGGCAGAAACCGGCCCCAUCUGGAGACUACACCCUGUCCUUCAUGAAGCGCCAGCGCAAGUCCCUGUGAGGUGCCUCGCUGCCCUCAGCCUCUCUCUCACCCCACCCUUACACUCUCCACUCCUGCACCCUGUGCUUCAUGAAACGCCAGCGCAAGUCCCUGUGAGGCGCCUCGCUGCCCUCAGCCCCUCUCUCACCCCACCCCUACACUCUCCACUCCAGCACCCUGUCCUUCAUAAAACACCAGCACGAGUCCCUGUGAGGCGCCUCGCUGCCCUCAGCCUCUCUCUCACCCCACCCCUACACUCUACUCCAGCACCCUGUCCUUCAUGAAACACCAGCACGAGUCCCUGUGAGGCGCCUCGCUGCCCUCAGCCUCUCUCUCACCCCACCCCUACACUCUCUACUCCAGCACCCUGUGCUUCAUGAAACACCAGUACGAGUCCCUGUGAGGCGCCUCGCUGCCCUCAGCCUCUCUCUCACCCCACCCCUACACUCUCUACUCCAGCACCCUGUGCUUCAUGAAACACCAGCACGAGUCCCUGUGAGGCGCCUCGCUGCCCUCAGCCUCUCUCUCACCCCACCCCUACACUCUCCACUCCAGCACCCUGUCCUUCAUGCAGCGCCAGCGUGAGUCCGUGAGGUGCCUCGCUGCCCUCAGCCUCUCACCCCACCCCUACACUCUCCACUCCAGCACCCUGUCCUUCAUGAAACGCCAGCGCAAGUCCCUGUGAGGCGCCUCGCUGCCCUCAGCCUCUCACCCCACCCCUACACUCUCCACUCCAGCACCCUGUCCUUCAUGAAACGCCAGCGCAAACGCCUCCUCGACUCCGCACUGCUUCAUAUUGGUCCUUAAUGUUUUUGUUAUUGCCUAUCCAUAGACGCAGCUGUGCGAAUUGAAUAUGCAGUGAUUACAGUCUCUCAUUGAGCCCCAAUAUUACUGCUGGGAUGCACAUUUCUAUCAAAUUCUUUCAGUUUGAAUUAGUCUAAUUUGUACCAUGUUACAAAAAAAAAAAAAGAUAACAUUUUCAAACCAGUCAUUUAUAAAUUACGUCAUGUACAGGCAUGGUCGUUUUUCCCCCCAGUACUAGUCUGUAUAGGGUGUGAUUUACAAGGAUCAAUGCUUCUGUUAACUGUGUGCCUGUAUACGCCUGCUUAAGUAGCUAACAAAAUAAUUAUAUUAAUCUGUUGUGUACUUCCAUUCGCUCUCUACUGUAGGUCUCGUGUGCAGUUUUGAAAGAAACACACGAUGUUGUAAAGACGUAUUUUUAUUAUAAAACAUGACAUCUGGAUAUUGGAGACCCCUGACCUGGAGAGUGAAAUUUAUCCCCUCCCCUUCAGUGGCUUCUUUCCUGUCAAUAGCCAAUCAGCUGCUUCCUGAUGCUUUCAGCCAGUAACAUGCUUUGACCUAGAAGACACUUCCUGUGAAAGGGCAGAGAAAACUGAAAGUUCCCCUAAUCUGAAGAGGUAACAGGCGUCCUGUUUCGAAAUGAAAAUGCAGGUUUGCAAAAACAUGUUUCAAAACUGGAUACUGGAGACCUCUUGCAUACAGCCAAGGGAGGUGCAGAAUAUGUGCGAUCAGGGGGUCAGUCGCACUGGAAUUGUCAUUUGUAUUGCCAAUGACAUUGUAGGUGAACCUUAACACACCUGCUGAAUUGUAGUUGCCGUAUAAUUGAUCAAUUCCAGUUGAAUUACACACCUUUGGAAGCUGAAUCAUUCACAGCCCCAUGUUUUACACUGAGCGAACAUUCAUGUAUUUUCAACCACUUUGUGACCCCCUCCCCCAUGUGUGUGAUAACAGUGUAUAGUGUGUUUCUGUAUGUGUACCUGUGAUCACUGCUUGGUAGAAUAAACACAGUAAACACAUUAA